UCUGAUCUGUCUGCAGAGAGUCUCCGGUAUGGGAAGCCACCUCACUCCUCAACUUUUUACCGGCGAUUUUACCGCUUGUACUUUACAUUUGACACGCUUCACAUCAACUGGACAUGGAUUCCUAGAACGGAAUUAGCAGGAAGUGAGCCCCGACGAGUUACUUCGAGCGUUUUGAAUUUUUUUUUUUUUGGGGGUAGUUGUUGAAGCAAGAGGGGGAAAAUGCCAGUUGCAACUCUUCUACCUUUCACCGCGACCCCGAAUAGGAAGUCAGCCAGCCCGACCUCGUUCAGGUUGACUGAGAAAUUCAUUUUGUUAUUAGUGUUUAGCGCCUUUAUAACCCUCUGUUUCGGGGCCAUUUUCUUCUUACCGGACUCGUCAAAGCUGCUUCACGGAGUUUUCUUUCAUUCCUCCGCGGUGGAGACCAACACCCGCACCGGGCAGCAGGACAGCGGGGACCCGGGUUCGGCUGGAAACGACGAGAAGGUCCUGGCCAAAAUCAGGAAAGACCACGAAAAGGCUCUCAUCGAGGCGAAGGAUACUCUACAGAAACGUCCCGACGAGAUCAAGCAGGACAUUUUGAAGGAGAAGGAGAAAGUUCCCAAGGAGAUUAUAGGUCGAGGUGGGAAGGAUGGCAAUAAUUUACCUUUCGUUGAGUAUCACCGCCCACCGGGGGCGACCGGGCACGAACCUCUGGACCCCGAGACCCGGGAGAGACGGGCUAAAGUCAAAGAGAUGAUGAAACAUGCGUGGGACAGCUACAAGCGCUACGCCUGGGGUUCCAAUGAGCUCCGGCCUGUCUCCAAGCAAGGCCACUCCAGUAAUCUAUUUGGGAGUAUAAAGGGAGCGACGAUCGUGGAUGCUCUGGAUACCCUCUACAUCAUGGAAAUGUUUGAAGAUUUUGAAGCUGCUACUGACUGGGUGGAGAAGAACCUCGACUUCAAUGUGAACGCGGAGGUGUCUGUGUUUGAGGUGAACAUCCGGUUUGUUGGAGGGCUGCUGUCCGCCUACUACCUGUCUGGAAAGGAGGUGUAUCGUAGAAAGGCUGUGGAGCUCGGUGAAAAGCUGCUGCCAGCCUUCAAAACGCCCACCGGCAUUCCCUGGGCUCUUCUUAACCUCAAGAGUGGUAUUGGUAGAAACUGGCCGUGGGCAUCAGGUGGCAGCUCCAUCCUGGCAGAGUACGGCACCCUGCAUCUGGAAUUCAUGCACCUCAGCAAACUCUCAGGAAAUCCUGAGUUUGCACAGAAGGUAAUGAACAUCCGGAAAGUACUGAAUCGCCUGGACAAACCCCAGGGGCUUUAUCCCAACUACCUGAACCCCAACAGCGGCCAGUGGGGCCAACAUCACGUGUCUGUGGGCGGCCUGGGCGACAGUUUCUACGAGUACCUGCUCAAAGCCUGGCUGAUGUCUGACAAGACUGACGACGAGGGCAAGAAGAUGUACUAUGAUGCUCUGCAGGCGAUAGAAACCAACCUGAUGAGGAAGUCCAGCAGCGGGCUGACCUACAUCGCCGAGUGGAAGGGGGGGCUUCUGGAGCACAAGAUGGGCCACCUGACCUGUUUCGCAGGUGGCAUGAUCGCUCUGGGUGCCGACGGGGCGCCCAGCGACAAGACAGGCCACCAGAUGGAGCAGGCCGCCGAGAUCGCCCGGACCUGCCACGAGUCUUACGCAAGAACCGCUUUGAAACUGGGCCCUGAGGCGUUCCGCUUCGACGGCGGGGUCGAGGCCAUCGCCACCCGGCAGAACGAGAAAUACUUCAUCCUCCGCCCCGAGGUCAUCGAGACGUACAUGUACAUGUGGAGGUUCACCCACGACCCCAAGUACAGGGAGUGGGGCUGGGAGGCUGUUCAGGCCUUGGAGCAGCACUGUAGAGUAGAAGGAGGCUACAGCGGCGUCAGAGACGUCUACGCCUCGAGUCCGAACCACGACGACGUGCAGCAGAGCUUCUACUUGGCCGAGACGCUCAAGUAUCUCUACCUGCUCUUCUCCGACGACGACCACCUACCGUUCGACAACUGGGUCUUCAACACGGAGGCUCACCCUCUGCCCGUCAUCAAGAAGGACCAAACAGACAGACCCAACACGGUCGAGUAACGGAACCAAAACAAAACAAAAAACACAGCAAAGUGCGAGAAACCUCUGAUCCUGUAAACCUGAGCCUCCAGCUGAAAACUCUUUAGCCAUUGGGAGUAACAGAUGCCUCUUUAUGGGAUUUGAUUUUUGAAUGGGAUCAAAAAAGGAGUUGAAGCCUGUUGGCACUGAUUCCUGCUGUAGAUUUGAUUUUUUUUUUGUCUGUUUUUUGGAGCUCUGGUUGAUUCCAGCUGCUGAUCUGAACAAACGUAUCGACCGCUGGAUUACGUAAACACUCAUCCAAGGAAUGCAGUGGUAUCAUCAGAGAGAUUAAAUAUUCCUGCAGAAUCAAAUCCUCUCUGAAGAUUUCAUUACAUUUAGUGGGCGUCGAGUUCACGUCCUGGUUUGUUUCAGAGUCGGAACAGUUCUCACUUUGUCGGUCAAUGAUUUUGUUGUUUGUAGCUGCUGCUGCUGCUGCUCCUGUUUGUUUCUGUGUGGAGACCUGGACCACUUGUCCCCCUUAAUGUGGAUACUUGUGGACAACUUUUGGGACCCGAAAAUCCAGAAGAACUCCGGCUCCAGUCUGAGGGACUUUGAAGGCUGACGGCUAAAGGACGCUCCAUGACAUCACAACCAAACUUUGUCUUAUGCUUCAAAAUCUGAUUAGGAUCCAACGAUUGUCCCCAAAAACCACCUUGCUUCCAACUUCCUCUCCUUCAGAGGACGACUCUGUCCUCUAGAAAACACCUGGGUGUCUCUGUGGGGAGUCAAAACAAAGACGCAGCACAACCCGGGCCUUGUUUUUUUUUUUUAUAAACCCACAGAGCUUUUGAGACGUCUGCUUCCCUCCAUCACACGAGCGCCUGACAGCUUCUUCCUCCCUCAGAGCUGAAGUGUGACACCGGACGAGUCACACCAGCUCUGUACCUGCCAGUAAAUUCACCCUCACAAAGUUUACACAAAGCUGUCCCCCUUCUUCUUCUUCUUCUUCUUCUUCUUCUUCUUCUUCUUCUUCUUCUUCUGGAGAGCUCAUACACGCUGUGUUCAGAUUUACUUCCUUUUCUCACAUUGUCACAUUUUUACAGGGUUUGACUGAAACAGGUUUUCUAAAGCUGAUGACUCUGACUUCUUCCAACAAAUACUUUCUGAAUCUUCACACACAAAUUGCACAUUUCCCCUUCUGUAUUUACUGAAUGUUAUUAGAAAAAAGCCCUUGUUCGAUGAUUACAGGACUUUGAGCGUAUAUAAAAUCCCAUAAAAGUCGACAAAAUCUUACAAAAAUGGUCUCUACAACAUUUCAUGCUCUCUCUCGCUCGGCCGACGGAGUCAGCUCAGCCGUAUCAGAGCGUGGUAAUGAGUUGGGCUGUGAGAUAGACGGUUGAAUGCUCGGGGAAAAAGGACCUUGAGUUCAUUUUUAACUCGUCUGAGCUACUGUGUUACAGAGUCACACAUACGUUCUCACAGCCAAUCGGUUUGUUGGAUGAAAGCAAUAUUAUGUAACAAUUAACCUUAAAAAAACAUUAGAGGGCACUUUGACUUUUAAUAAGACGAUUGGAGACUCUCUUUCCCGCUUCAUGCCCCAAAAGCAUGUUUGCCUCUUACAGCUCGUUGCUUCGAGCAUGAGGGGAAACUCCAAAUAUCCAGCAAAUUCAAAAGAAAAUACAUGAUGCAUUCAGGGCGUCGAGUUUCCUUCAAAUCAACUGAUCGCUUUCACGUCUUCUGAAUGAGGACACUUACAUCUUAUUUCCUCUUUAAGGGUGUCUUAGACGUCUCUCUGUGUGUCAAAGCAGAGGAUUCAAACACCAGGUAAUGUUCUCUUAAGAGGAAACAUGUGAUCUUCUUUAAAACCUGUUUCUGUCAUCUCCUCCUCCUCCUCUUCUUCUUCUUCUUCUUCCCUGCAUUGCUUCUUCUCGUCUCCAUCCUGCAGCCGCAGCGUAGAGCAGGCUGCAGGAUCUUCUCUCCUCUAUGAGGAGACCCAGACACUCGACUCUGCUGUGAUAUUUCACCUUCAAACACACACACACACACACACACACACACACACACACAAGAAGCCAUACUGAUUGAAUACAGCUUUAUCAUCCUGUCCCUGAGCUUUUUGUUCCCUCUAGAGUCGUGUCAGCGUCAUCACAGUCUCUCACUCAGCGGCUUGUUUAGACAGAUGUAAAGGUUUCUCCUGAUGUUAUACAGAACUGUAGACCAGAUCAGACCCCGUGUUUAGUCUUUAAUCUAGUGCCUUCACUGUUGAAAAGGAGGAGAGGAGAGCAGCUCACACAAACACAAGAGUUCAGUCUUCAAAUAUUCACUGAGCUCUUCCCAGGAGUGAAAUACUAAAACCAGACUCUGUCAAAGGACAAAUCCUGCUUUUUGAAUUCAAGAUUUCAACAAGGAAGUCGCCUAAAUAUUGGUUUAAAAAACCUGCCGUGUUUGCUUUUUUGUCUGUGAUGACUGCUGGAUCAGACCAACAGAGGUCUACAGGUAGAUUUCAUCUUUUCAAAUUCAAGUGGAAGAAUCCUCCUUUAUGCCUUUUCAUCCUCAGAAGUCUUAGUUUAACCGACAUCAGUCUGGAAACAUGAGUCAUCGUUCAUUCCCUUUAUCACGCUGACAUCUAGUGGUGAGACUGUGUCAUUACAGCCCACAGAGAGUCUGAAAAAGUGGAGAACAUUAAAAAUGCUGAUGUGUUAGGAAGGAAAUGUUUCACGUGAAAAUCAGACUCAUCUUCUAAAAUGUUUUUCAAAAGAUAAAAACAGUUUUUAUGAUUUAUGACGCCUGAUGAAAGGACCCGAGCUCAGCCAGAUGUUCAUCACUUUGAGCCUUUAGAUGUAUAUCUGAGACAUGAUGGAGAAACGUGGUGAAUAACAAGCAGUCUUAAGUUUCACUGGAGGAUCCAGAGACAUGAAUCCAUCUGAUUUAAAGUUCAAAUCUCUUUUCAAAAA